UGACCUGUCGCCUCUCUAACCCGCUAAAACCCGAAUCCCUGGCGGAGGUCGGCUUUGCUUCCCCUUUUCCCUAGUUCCUCCCCCAAACCUGAGUGUGACUUUUGAAAACAAGAGCCUUUUUGUGCCCCCCACCCCCAUCAUAACGCAGCUGUGGACUGGAGACGAGCGAGUGCCUUAUGGCGCGCAGGGCUGGGGGAUGGCCGCCGGAGAAGGCAGGAGUUUCCGCGAACAAUUCGCUGGCGGUUUUCUUUCUCUGGCCGGUGAAAGAGCUUGUCCUGGACAACUGUCGGUCGAUCGAAGGCAAAAUCGAAGGCCUCACAGAUGAGUUUGAAGAACUGGAGUUCUUAAGUACAAUCAACGUAGGCCUCACCUCAGUCGCAAACUUACCAAAGUUAAACAAACUUAAGAAGCUUGAACUAAGCGAUAACAGAAUCUCAGGGGGCCUGGAAGUAUUGGCAGAAAAGUGUCCGAACCUCACACAUCUAAAUUUAAGUGGCAACAAAAUUAAAGACCUCAGCACAAUAGAGCCACUGAAAAAGUUAGAAAACCUCAAGAGCUUAGACCUUUUCAAUUGUGAGGUAACCAACCUGAAUGACUACCGAGAAAACGUGUUCAAGCUCCUCCCACAACUCACGUAUCUCGAUGGCUACGACCGGGACGACAAGGAGGCCCCUGACUCGGAUGCUGAGGGCUAUGUGGAGGGCCUGGAUGACGAGGAGGAGGAUGAGGAUGAGGAAGAAUACGAUGAAGAUGCUCAGGUAGUGGAAGACGAGGAGGAUGAGGAUGAGGAGGAGGAAGGUGAAGAGGAGGAUGUGAGUGGAGAGGAGGAGGAGGAUGAAGAAGGUUAUAAUGACGGGGAAGUAGAUGACGAGGAAGAUGAAGAAGAUCUUGGUGAAGAAGAAAGGGGUCAGAAGCGAAAACGGGAACCUGAAGAUGAGGGCGAGGACGAGGACUGAGCGGAAUAACCUAUUUUGAAAAAUUCCUAUUGUGAUCUGACUGUUUUUACCCGUACCCCCACCUCCCAAUCCUGCCCCCCCUCCCCGAAACUUAUUUUUUUCUGAUUGUAAUGUUGCUGUGGGAACGAGAGGGGAAAAGUGUACUGGGGGUCCCGGGGGGAGGGAGGGUGGGAGGGGGUGGAAUAAAAUACUAUUUUUACUGCCACUCUUUAUUUUUCUCCCCCUACUUUUUCUUUGUGUCUGGUUCAGUCCCUGUAAUGCAAUAGCUGAGGACACACAGAGUGAGCAUUUGUUCCUUACUCGCAAAGAGGAUGGUUUGGAGGUCUCUUAUAUUUCCUGCUAUUUCCCGUAUCUCUUGAGUUGGUUGGAAGCCUGUGGCUGGCCUCUGUUGGUUACUAAUUGAAGCCCGGGAAAGGCUGAGCACCAGCUGUAUCUUAAGUCUUGUUCUGGAUCACAUGACUUCCACAUUUCUUGGGCCUGCUAAAGGCAUCGGACGCCCGGGUUUGUAAAUAGUAACCUAAAGGCGUAUUUUGGCACUGGUUUGGGGAUAUUCCCCGUCUCUCCUCCCCUCCCCCCUUCUCAGAUGGUAGUGGGCUUCGCUCUACGAAGAGAACUCUGAUAUUACACUGAUGUUUCAGCAAAGAGCUGAAAACCGCAGGCUGACAAGUUAUAAGUAAGAUGAAUUUCAUGACUACAAUUAAAAGAGAAGAAGCAAACCCUCAAACUUGAACCUCUUUAAAAGGAAAAAAAAAAAAAGAGCUUGCCCUAUCUUGGUUUGUAAACUAC